AAGAAGCUGUCGUGUCUGUGAGCAGCGCGAAUCAACGGGAGUGAGUGUGGCAUACCUUCACGUACCUACUAUAUGCUACAUCUGUAAUAAAAGAGUCACUGUCCCAGACAUGGGCUCUACCACGCUUGCACAUGCAAACCUUUGGAACUGUUUGCUGCUGUUGAGCCUGGUAUGCUGUCCUUCCACUGCUUAUUUGGAUGAGCCAAAUCUGAGUGAGAGUUUCUUACCUCGAUAUGAACCUGACAAUGGGGAUGCUGUUGACUCUUCACAAGAUACGAGACUACAUGUUUUCACAGUGGACUAUGACUAUGUACAAAUUCCCUAUGAAGUUACUCUUUGGAUACUCUUUGCUUCUCUUGCAAAAAUAGGUUUCCAUCUCUAUCAUCGAUUACCAAAACUCAUGCCUGAAAGCUGCAUUCUGAUUGCCAUUGGAGCACUAGUUGGAACAAUCAUCUUUGUUUCUGAUCACAAAUCUCCACCAGUGAUGAAUACAAGUAUUUACUUUUUGUAUCUCCUGCCACCCAUCAUCCUGGAGGAAGGUUAUUUCAUGCCAACUCGUCCAUUUUUUGAAAACUUUGGAUCCAUCCUCUGGUGGUCUGUGCUGGGAUCUCUGCUAAACUCAUUUGGAAUUGGUCUCUCCCUCUAUGGAAUCUGCCAGAUUGAAGCCUUUGGCCUGACUGACCUGAACCUGCUGCAGAACCUGCUCUUUGGCAGCAUGAUUUCGGCUGUGGAUCCUGCGGCAGCUCUGGUAGUUUUUGAAGAAGCCUCUGUUAAUGAGCAGCUUUACAUGAUGAUCUUUGGAGAGUCAUUGCUAAAUGACGGCAUAACUGUGGUUUUAUAUAAUAUCUUCAUCGCAUUCACCCAGAUGCACAGGUAUGAAGAAAUUGAAUCCAUCGAUGUCUUUGCUGGCUUCGCUCGCUUCUUCGUGGUGGGGCUGGGUGGUGUGUUGUUUGGCAUCGUCUUUGGAUUUGUUUCAGCGCUCAUGACUCGUUUCACCCACAACGUUUCUGCUAUUGAACCUCUGCUCGUCUUCAUGUUCAGCUACUUGUCAUACUUGUCUGCUGAAACCCUUUACAUCUCAGGCAUUUUGGCAAUGACAGCAUGUGCAGUGACAAUGAAAAAAUAUGUGGAGGAGAAUGUUUCCCAGAAUUCCUAUACCACAAUAAAAUAUUUCAUGAAGAUGCUGAGCAGCGUCAGUGAGACCCUGAUUUUCAUGUUCAUGGGAGUGUCUACAGUGGGGAAAAACCACGAGUGGAACUGGGCCUUCAUUUGCUUCACUCUUCUCUUCUGCCUCAUUUGGCGGACACUGAGUGUAUUUGCUCUCUUCUACAUCAGUAACAAGUUCCGAACAUAUCCCUUUACCCUCAAAGACCAACUCAUUAUUUCCUACAGUGGCCUUCGAGGAGCCAGCAGCUUCUCUCUUGCAUUCUUGCUUCCGGUGAAUCUCUUCCCAAGAAAAAACUUGUUCAUUACUGCUACUCUUGUAGUUAUAUAUUUCACUGUUUUCAUCCAAGGAAUCACAAUUGGACCAUUGGUCAGAUAUCUAGAUGUUAAAAAGACCAACAAAAAGGAGUCCAUCAAUGAAGAAAUUCAUGUGCGAUUGAUGGAUCACUUGAAGGCUGGUAUUGAAGACAUAUGUGGACACUGGAGUCAUUAUCAGCUGAGAGAUAAAUUUAAAAAGUUUGACAAUAAGUAUUUGAAGAAAAUCUUAAUUCGAGAACACCAGCCCAAAUCCAGUCUUGUGUCAUUGUACAAAAAGAUGGAGAUAAAACUGGCCAUUGAGAUGGCUGAGAGUGGCAUGCAAAUUUCAAAAUCAUCCACAGCUUCUUUACAAACUGGCAGCAAUCAGCGUGAGCACAGGCUGUCCCCUGCAGAGCUGGAGUCCAUGAGAGAUGUCCUGGCACAUAAUCUAUAUCAAGUGCGACAAAGGGCACCAGCAUACAACCGACACAAUCUGCCUUCCAACACGAAUGAGAAACAAGCCCAAGAAAUCCUCAUCCGUCGGCAGCACAGCCUGCGGCAGAGUUGCAGGAAGGGAAAUAGCUUACCUUGGGGUGGACCGGUAUCUGUUAUGUAAACUACUAUUCAUGUCAAAAAUGACUCUGCUUCUCUGUAAAUAAGGAAAGAGACACACACCCAUUAUUAUAUGCUUUUUGCAAUAAUUACAAUGGAUACUUUCCCCAGUGUCCUCAUGGAACGUCUAAGAAGAAAGAGCUUCACGUAGCAUGUGGAGAGCAAUAUUUUUAUGUCCUACCUCUAUACAUUGGUCAGAAAUCAGCAACUAUGUUUGUAAUUAGUAAGAUAAUGUAACUUGCCUUGUUUUGGCAUGUGCAAAACAUAGUGUAUUGACAAAAGGCCUGAUGCAAAGCCCUUGACACUGACAAUUUGGGCUCUUGAUCAGUAAAAGUAAGAUUUGUCUGACCUAAAGUAGGUGUUAGAUAGCACAGAUAUUUACAGCUGAGAUAAUCACAGUUAAGGAAGAGAAAUAAGUUCUUGCUGGGUAUGUUGAUUUUGUUUAAAGUUGUCAUCUGAAAUAAGAAAGGUGAAUCUUAGAAGAACGUAUUUCUCUCCACUGACUCUAAAAAGCUGCUAUGGGUGUUAUAUCAGAUACAGAUAUUUUCACUGGAGCUGGUGUUGAGUUCAACCAUCCAAGCUAAGCAUUGAUCUUAUUCACACCUCUCUAAAUUUGUCUGUAAAGAUGCAGAGGCACAGCAGAAAAAGCAUAUGACCACCCCUUUUUCUCAUCCCACCAAAUAAGUGCAAAUUGUGGAGGCAAUCACGGGCACUGAACAUGUUUCUGUCUCCAUACACAGGCUAGCACAACAAGUGUACGCUACCUCUCUUUGCCUCAGGGCCCCAGCCAGCCCAUCAGACGAAA